AAUUUGCAGUAAAAAAAAAAAACUUAUUAAAGUUAGCAUGAACUUGUAAUUCAAUUUUAUUUGCCUCGAUAAGUUUUGUUUGUUUGUGAUGUUUUUUAAUAUUGAAAUUGGAUAACAAUGGAACAUAUAAGGCAGUUUGAUUGGUGUUUUUCUCAACCAGAUAUAUAUUUCCUAAAGGAAGAUGAUCUUACUAAGAGUGUGACAGAAAAAAUACUUCGCAAUAAAUUUCAUGAUCCAUUCAUAUCUAGUGAUUCAGAAGAAGAAACCCCUAAAAUCAAUUGGGAUGAAGUAUUCACCAAGAAAGAGAUUUUGAAUCGAGAAUAUGGUGUCUAUGUGCCAUGUUUACCAAAGAUACAGUACCCAAAGGUCUCAGCCCUCACUGCCCACCAGCAGUAUCAGAUUCUCAAGGUCAUUUGUGCAGAGCAUCCCCGUGUCCUAGAACAGGUGUUCAUACCACGACCGACUAAGACAGACCGUCGAGUUUUUGAGGAACUUAAGCCUAUAUAUGAAAAAGAGCAAAAAGAAUACAUGGAGUGGGCUAAAACCCUCUGGACUAAUGUACACUGCGUCAGAGCACUACGUCCCAAGCCGACAAUCGAAACUGUUUAUGAUGCUAGGUUUAAGAUGAGAGCCACUGAAAUGGAGUCAUAUCCUAAAACAUUUAAUAUGGCAGCCCAGAUACCUCUGGAAUCAAGAAGUAACACUAUCGAAUUGAUCCUAGAAAAGGAAUUGAUAAAUGUUGAUAUUAAAGCGUUACCUCAAAUUGAAUGCAGACCGAUAACAAAGAAACUAAGUAUAAUGAAACCUUGUUUGAUCCCGGAGCCUUGCACCAAACAUCCCUGCAGAUUCAUAUUGCCAAAUGAAAAGUCAGUUUCCAUACUUCCCUACACGGAGGUUCAAAGGGAGCUGGCACAGUUCGCGGUCGACAAUGGCUGUCAGUACAUAGCCAGCGAAAACGCUCUCAGAUGUCUGGUGGAGCAGGACAGAUCCUGGGAUAUUCCCGUAUCCGUCUGCUCCGUGUUUGGACCCGAUGGCGAAUCGACGGACGUAGUCGUACUAGGCAACGAGUUCUCAAUAAACAGGGAGUCAGUUCUCGUCAGGACCUACAAAGCCUACAAACAUCUACUUCAACAUACCCUCUUACCACCGGCUGAAAAAAAGAAAUUGAACUACAAAAAUUUUGAUCAAGAAAAAAGUAAUCAAGAAUCAAGCAAAUUGAACGUCCUUAAUGACAUGGACGUGUCCUCCGAUGAUGAAGAUAACAGCUUGUGUAUAGACGAUAUUUCCCAAAUUAGUUGUGCGGAGGAACCGCAACCAGAUAACGACGAUGAGGAAAGCGAACAAGAAGCAGCGACGAGUGAUAACGCAAGCGAGAAGCGAAACGAAGGAAAGAGGAAGUCGGAUAAUGUGGAGUUCUAUAAUUGUACUUGUAAAGACACGAUGUUUGAGCUGCCGCCCCCCCGGUCCUUCAAAAAGUGGCAGAUCGUUGACAAAACAACCGACGAGAUUUUCAAUAUCGUUAUACACUGUUCGCAUAAAGUUCGGGACAACAAUGGCGAAGUGUUACUAGAACCUAUCCCGGAGUAUCAGCUGGAUCUCGGCGGCAGCGAGCAGUCGAAGGGUCGAAUCAGAAGCUUGGCACUGGCGCUCCAUCUGAGGAAGAACGUUUCCUUGCUGAAUGUGCGGAUCGACGGCGCGACCGGCGAGGUGGCGACUUUCGAAGCGACGAGCGCGGACGAGCUGCGCGCGGCGCACGCGGACGCGCUGCCGCUCGCGGCGCGCGCGCUGCUCGGCGCGCUGGAGCAGCUGCGCGGCCUGCGCGCGCGCCGCUGCGUGCUGCGCCACCAGGUCAGUCAGCCAGUCAGCUCGCGCGCAGCGGAACAUGCUUUCUCUAUACACGAUGUGCAUCAACGCGCAAUGGAUACAUCAUCAUCAUAUGGAGUCAAAUCGAUCGGACGAUUUAGUAGCCGACCUCCAAAAACCCAUACAUCGGACGUCUCCAACGCCGAUACCGCUCCGUUGCAGCCGAGCCACGGCAGCAACGCGCUGCUGUUCGCGGCCGCGGCGGCGGCGGGCGCGGCGCUGCGCCUGCACUUCGACUGCGCGCGCGCCGCCGCCGACGACGAGCUCGGCCUGCGCGCGCCGCCCGCGCUGUGCGCCGCGCUGCUGCCCUACCACAAACACCGGCGCAUGGCCCCGUGCGCCUUCACCCCCCACGAGCAGCACGUGUGCCGCCGCGCCCCGCGCCUGCGCGCCGCGCGCCCCCCGCCGCGCGCGCUACAGCUGGCGGCGGACGCGGAGGCGGGCGGCGCGCGCGCCAAGUGGCCAAAGAAAAAAAAGAAGAAGAAGAAGAAGUGCUAAUGAUGUGACCGCUGUCAGUGGUAAUAAAAUAUAUAUGUAAUCAAA